CAACAUAGUAUUCCACUCACAACCUAAAGAGAUAAGUGAGAGAGAUUUGCUCGAAAACCUUAAAAUCAACCAUGAAGAACACCAAGCUCGUGGCGAUCCUUGUCCUCCAGGCCAUCCUGGUCAUGGGAAUCCUCCCACACAUGAAUGCCAACUACUUCCCCAAGUGUUGUGACAAAUGCAGGUCAUUCUCGGGGGUCGAUGUAUGUGACGACGCCCAUCCUCAGUGCCCCAAGGGCUGCUCCACAUGCCGCGCGGUGCAGACAGGCCGUGUCAAGAUGUUCCGGUGUGCCAACAUGCGCUCCACCAUCAAUGGCACGUGCGGCCCACGUUGCAAAAAGAACUAACCAGUUCAACUCAGAUCACAAGACUUGUUCCGCUAAUAAGAGAAGCUCAUAUAAGAUGAGAAUUGUCACCGUAUUUAUGCGUACAUGUGGCCUCACAAUGCACGCUGACAAUGCAUCGAGUAAUAAGAAUGCCAGUGAUCCUCCCGGUUCCUCAGCCGUUUGGGAUUCCUGGCCGUUGGAUCGGCGGGCUUGAUCGGAUCUGGGCCGUCGGAUCGACCCCUAGAGCGACCGCGUCCGUCGGAUCAAAAAAAGUUACUGCUGGAAUGAAUAGUUACUACCGUUUCGUGCCA